AAUUGGUUGAUUUUCUUUCCUCAUUCAGGCGAACUUUAUGUCGCAAAAAUUAAGAAAAAAACUUUUUCGUCUAAAAUAAGAGUUUUUAAAACAUUUUUCUGGUUCCUUAUUGGAUCGAUCAACAAUCUGUUUGAUUGCACUAAAAAAUCAAACCGGAACUGCAAGGAAAACGAGCAAUUUGACAUACGCAAAUAAUUGAACCAGACUGCGUGGGUGGACGUCAAGUUUAUUGCAAUGAUGACAUCACAAAACAAGUGAAACAUUAUUCAGUUGGCUAACGAAGUGCUGUUUGAAAUACAUAUAAAACGAAAAACCAAAAGAAUCAUGUCCUCCAUUGGGAUUGAAGUCAGCAAAUGCGAUACGCAGGAUGAAAUAUUAGAACACGACGAGGCCAACUGCACGCCAAUGACUCUGCUAUCGGACAGUGGACAUCACCAUCUGUUUCUAUCAACUCGUAAACCAGUGUCUGACGAUGAGUUUGAUUUCGAUUCAGCCUUUAGUUCCGAGUCAAAUAAUGUGUUUACUGAUGAGGGAGUUGAAGGAGCUGAUGGAGGACCUCAUGAGGAAAGACUGAAAUCUUUAGAGGACGAACACGAAGUACUGUCUUCGAACCUGAUCGCACUAACAUCGCACUUUGCACAGGUUCAAUUGAGGUUACGCCAAAUUGUUGAAGCUCCACCGGAAGAACGGGAUGGUUUGCUCAAAAACCUUGAGGAAUUCGCCUUUCUCGGUAUUCCAGAAAUGCAGCAAAAUCCGGUUAAGAAAAACAUUCCUGAAAUAGUCGCAAGUCUCGAUCAAAGUCCGGAAUCGGUGGAAAACCUUCGAGAAAAACAGCACGCCUUGAUUGAUCAACUCAAACAUCAAUUGAUGGACCUGGAACAUUAUGCUUAUGAAUCUGGUGCCGGCAUACUUCCACAUACGAUACUUCUAGAGAAACAGAAAGUCAUCAUAGAUGAGAUUAAAAACAAAAUUAAUCUCAACCUGAACGAACUAGAUCUACCCCAGCUCACAACGGAAGAUCUCCGAAGUCAGGUGGAUUCCGCUCUAGAUGAACAGCUUGUCAAUCCAUUGAAAAUGAAGGAACAACUUGUAUCGCAGCUCAAAACUCAGAUACAAGAUCUGGAGCGGUUUAUAAGUUUUCUGCAAACCAACGAGAAGGCAGAAAUCAAAAAACGUUUUCUAGAACAACAAGAGCUAGCCAAAGCUGAAGCAGCUGGUCGCGCUGAAGCUCAAGAACGUGCUAAAGUCAAGCGAUCUUUGGCCUAUGGCAAUCGCCACGAGAAGCCCUCUUCAAGUCGGGAUGGUUCAGAGACAGCAUCCAAGGAGACCUUCAAUGCUAAAGCUUUAGGUUUGAUGGACAGAGCAAGCACAAUACUGCAGAUGUUUGCACUAUCGCAAUUCAACUGUGGUAGCGAUCGAAAUCGUGAAAACUUCCAGUGCAAUAUGAUGAAACAGUCCAAAGAAAAUUGCUGGGGAGAUACACGAGCCAAGCUUGAGAUCGAUAUACAGGAGGUUAUAUCUUUUGCGAUGGACAUGCAAGAUGAUCUACAACUAUCGGAUACGGCCAGUGAUAGUGGCGAAUCACAUGUACCUACAAACAGUCGGAAGAAUUACGAAUUGACCAUGUUAGUUCGCAAACAAUUGGCAAGAACUAUACAAGGUCUGAUGCAACAUGGCCUCAGAGGAAUUUCUGAGAGUAGUGGAAGCCUGGUACCGUUUAUCUCCGGAUGUUUUUCGGGAGGAAACUAUCGUCAGCAGCCCCAACCAACAGUCGGCGAAGAUCGAUUCUAUCGAAACGAAACAAGAAGAAAAAGCACCGGUGGCAUCGCUAGAACUGCAACUACGCCUCCGAAACGUCAAAAUAACUCGGUUGUGACAGACGAUGAGAUAACCAUCGAAGAGAACCUUUUCAUGCAGCUGGACGAUGACGAUGACGAGGAAGUUGCAUAUUACGAUGGCAGCGAUGAGACUGAGAUGCACGCCUGGGAACUGUUACUUAUUUAUUACAAUAUCAAAAAUGGAGAUCGAUACAAUUCCACUCCAGCUAGGAAACUCUCGGAAAGCUUCAACCUCGACCUGGUGGAUGGAAGACCCCAAUCGAACAAACAGAGUUUAUUGAGUGCCAUUGGGACUAUCAUUGCUUUGCAUAGACCAUACAAAAGAAGUUAUACUUCACAGUUCAAGGCUUUUAUCUGCGCCGCUUUAAACGCCCAGAAGUUAACACAGUGGUUACACCUGAUUUACCAAUGCAAGGAACUUGUGACGUCCUACUACGCGAGCUGGAGCUACGUGGCCAAUACAGGAUUCCGCGACGCACUGAAAUCGCUCGAUCGGUUAACCCAGUAUCGAUUCGACCUACCGGUGGAUUUGUCGAUUCGACAAUUCAAAAACAUCAAGGACGUUUUCAUGUAGACAUGUGACGAUAAUCUUGCUAUUUUAUCCCUCUUUUUCAAAUCCCACUCUGCACCAGUUAGAUAAUCUGUAACGACUACACCGAGAUUCAAUGCUUAUACCAUAAAGAACUGAUUCUGAGCGUAAAACCUGGAAACAAUGCACAUACUGACUAAAAAUAA